CCAGGCUCGGCUAGGCUAGCACCACGGCUGCUACAUCCGGGCGCUCCGACUCGCUGUUUCAAAGCCCUGCGAAGAUGGCGACGUCAGGGAGGAGUGCGUUAUUAUCCUCCACCUCAGCCGGACCCAAGAGCUCACUGGAGAGCUCCAACCAGGAGGAGGAUGAAGGACAGGAUCUCUGGUCCACCAUCCUGAGUGAGGUGUCAACCCAUUCAAGAUCGAAGCUACCGUCUGGGAAAAAUGUCCUGGUCAUGGGUGAGGUGGGAUCGGGGAAGACCACCUUGGUUGCAAAACUACAGGGGGUUGAAGAAUUCAUGAAAGGGCGUGGCCUGGAAUACCUCUACUUCAGUGUCCAUGAUGAUGACAUCGAUGAUCAAACUAGGUGUAACGCCUGGGUGUUAGAUGGCGACCUUUACCACAAAGGUCUGCAGGGAGUGGCCGUUCCAGUGGACUCCAUCAGCAACACGUUGCUCCUGAUAACAGUCGACAUGUCACGGCCGUGGAACGCCCUCGACUCGCUCCAGAAGUGGGCUGCCGUCGCCAGGGAACACGUCGACAAACUCCGGGUCGCCCCCGAAACGCUGCGGGAGCUGGAGCAGAGACUUGUAAAACAGUUCCAGGAGUACACAGAGCCCGGCAGUGGGGAGGAUGGUACCCCGCAGAGGAGGAGUGAUGAGGAGGAGAGUGUGCUGCUGCCGUUAGGAGAAAACACACUCACACACAACCUGGGCAUUCCAGUGGUGGUGGUCUGCACCAAGUGUGACGCUAUCAGCACUUUGGAAAAGGAGCACGACUACAGGGAUGAACACUUGGACUUCAUCCAGUCCCACGUCAGGAGUUUUUGUCUGCAGUACGGUGCAUCUCUGGUUUACACGUCGGUGAAGGAGAUGAAGAACUUGGACAUCCUCUACAAAUAUCUGGUCCACAGACUCUACGGCUUUCCCUUCCACAGCCCUGCACAAGUGGUGGAAAGAGAUGCCGUCUUCAUUCCAUCAGGUUGGGACAAUGAGAAAAAGAUUGCCAUACUGCACGAGAACUUCCAGACACUAAAAUCAGAAGACAGCUUUGAGGAAGUAGUAGUCAAACCACCAGUCAGAAAGAUUGUCCACGAAAAGGAAAUCCAAGCAGAAGACGACCAAGUAUUCCUGGUAAAACUGCAGUCGCUGCUCGCCAAACAGCCGGCGCCGACUGCAGGGCGUCCUGUGGAUACCACGAGCAGAGCACCCACCGGUUCUCCCAGGACGAGUAAUCGCUCGGCAGCGGCCAACGUAGCGAACACCAUGCCACAGUCAGGUCAGACCAGUGAGGGUGUGUUGGCCAACUUCUUUAACAGUCUACUGACAAAGAAGGCAGGGACAGGGGGUCCCGGGACGCCGGGUGGUGGCAACAACACUCCAGGAACCGUACGCAAGUCAGGUUCCAAGCUGGGCCUGAGCGACGUACAGGCGGAACUCGACCGCAUAUCCAGCCGGGAGACAGACUCAGACUUACCCAAUGCCAACGACACCCCUGCCACCGACGGCCAGGACACAUGAAGACCAACACGUUUCACCCUGCUCUCCUCCUCCUCCUCCCCCUCAGUCACCCUUCACCUCCCGUGUCUUUCCUCCCUCCAGCCUCGGCACCGUCUCCAUUACAAAGUUGUGGAGGAGAAGAAGGGAAGCAGGGGAUUCGGAGGGAUGGGCACAUCGGGUUUUUUCUCCCCCAUCCUCUUUUACUUUCUCCUCAAGAUGAAGACCUCACCCUCUCUUCUGCCUGCAUCUUCCUAUGCACCUCAUUCUCCUUCCCCUUCCUAUAUCUCUUCUCUUCUCUUCUCUUCUCUUCUCUUCUCUUCUCUUCUCUUCUCUUCUCUUCUCUUCUCUUCCUGGCUGUUAAACUGAGGGCGAGUAUUUGUUACUUUUACGACUGUCUGUUACAUGAGAGUGACUGGCCAUGGGGGACCAAUGGGAUGGUGGUGUGGAGUUUGGGAUAGGAAGAAGUAAGCGGGCGGGCUGAGCAAGAUUGAUUGCAAGAAUGAAAGCGAUUUAUCCAUCCAUUUAUUGUGAUGGUACAGUUAGUGUUUUUACUGUAGGAACUGCUGAAGAGCGCAUGUUGAAGAAACUGCACUUAGGUACUAUAGGGAUGAUUGUGUGGUUGUGUGUAUCGUGUGUGUGGGACAGUCACGCUUGGCCAGAGGAAGAGAUUGAGAACUAAAAAAUAUGCCUGUAACAAAAUUGCAAACAGUCUUUUUUGUUUUUUAGAUGAAGGGACAAACAUACCAGUAUUUGUGUGCGUGUGCUUGCGUGAGUGAAUGAGAGAGAAUGAAUGAAGCGUAUUAAGAAAGUUAAGUCAAUGAAACCUAGACCUGUAUUGUUUGGCUGUUUGCAUUUCAACAAAGAGGCAAAAAAAAAAAAACUUCAUGACUAUGCUCUUACACUACAGCCUCUUAAAAACUGUGCACACUCUAUUAUUACUGCAGCCAUGUCUGUUGGACUACACAAACCAAACCUGACAAAUAAAAUAUACCACAAAAUCAAAGUUCACCCUGGAGCACUCGUCCUGUGUAGACGGCACCAAAGGUCCAUCAUGGCACCCAGUUCUACGAUUGAUCAAACUUCCCCCUCGUGGUAAAUGUACUGCUCAAACCUGUAGAUAACAGACGGUGCACUGAAUAGAUUAGUGGGUGGGUGGGUAGCUGAGCUUUAUUUGUACAGAAAGAAGCACUAGUGAUUCAGUUCCAUAGUAACUGGGGGCAGGUUUGUGGGUGGGCAAAAGGGGGUCAGAACACGGGAGGGUCACAUUAAGAAUGUACAGUCAUUGUCUCGCUGAUUGGUCCUGUUAUUUCAGAGCUUUGUGUUGGCGUUUGUAUAAUCAGAUCUGUUAACCAGUCAAAUAAAAAGGUGUAUUUAUUCGGAUUCAUCCA